AUGUCUUCGUCGUAUCCAACCUCACACCCGCACUUCCAGAACCCUUGGGCGUCGACGGCACCAUCAACUGCCGCCUUGUACGCGGGCUCGCCCGUCACACAAAGUGGAAUGCCUCCCAAUCCCAUGGCUAUGGAUCGUCACUCGCAGCAGCCUUCGUCCCGGCCGCCCGUCACUGCCCCAAUGGCACAGUAUAGCUCCGGCGGGCCCGUCACCUCGGCCCCAGCAGGUAGCCCUCUGAGUAUGGUGGACCCUCCUCUUCCAGGCCGCCCCGACUUACUUUCUCUCCCACAAGAUCUUAUGAGUAUCAGCCGGAUGCCUCACCAGACCGCCGCAUCCUCGUACUCCGACCCAGCCUACCACGCGACCGCAGCCUCUCCGGUCCAUGCCACAUACGCUACGUCGCCGACUAGCUAUGAGCACGGCAUGGGAUAUACCUCUUCGGCUGUGCGACACCCCUUCGGCAUCUCGUCCGACGCAGACACCAGAAGGUAUUCCCAGUCCUCUAUCUCCUCCACCGCCUCGGACCCACGAGGCUACCAGGAGCCGCUCGAGGUCGCCCAGCAGAUGGUCCAGAUGAGGUUCGACACUGGCAGCCAGGAGACCCCCCGCGCAGGUGUCUACAACAACAGGGGGAGGGGAUCCGGUGACUCUUAUGGUUUCCCUUCGACCCAUUCUGCCUCGUCGAGCGUCUCCUCCACCGGUUUCAGCCCCUACUACGGCGGCUCCAUCGACGGUAGUGUCAGUGACUACUCCACCGCAGGAUCUGAUAUUGAGUCGAGGACUCUCCCUCGCCCUCAAGGUCUGAUGGCAACGCAGCCACCCGCGCCGCAGUCCAUGAUGGGCCAGUUCAGCUCCAAGGUCUCCAGCAGCACGCAAAAGAAACACAAGUGUAAAGUUUGCGACAAGCGCUUCACUCGACCAAGCUCCCUACAGACUCACAUGUACAGCCACACUGGAGAGAAGCCAUUCAAGUGUGAGCAUCCAAACUGCGGGCGCAACUUCUCCGUGGUCUCAAACCUUCGACGGCAUCGAAAGGUGCACAAGGGCGAAGCCCAAUCAGAUGCAGGCAGCGAGGACCAGAACCAAUCUGACUGA